GCCACACUAGUCUACCUCUGAUUUGCCAUUUGCAAUUAUUGUCGAUUUCAUUUCAUGUUGCAAAGCACAAAGGCAGCUGGAGAAAAACAACAAGCUAGUGAUAUAAUUUAACGCGUAACAGUACUAAGAAAUCAAAGAUCAAAUCACAAUGGAGGUUACAGACGCCAAUUUGCAGCUGUUGGCCGGAUAUUUGCAGCAGACGCUGAGCGCCGAUCCAAAUGUUCGCCGGCCGGCUGAGAAACUCUUGGAGGGCACGGAACUGCAGCAAAACUAUCCGGUGCUGCUCCUCAACCUGAUCGACAAAGCGCAAAUGGACAUGACCAUACGGGUGGCGGGCGCCAUUGCGUUCAAGAACUACGUGAAACGGAACUGGGCCGCCCACGAGGACAGCAACGAGCCGGAUCGCAUUCACGAAAGCGACAGAAACACAAUCAAGACCCUAAUUGUGACACUGAUGCUUCACUCCCCGCUGGCCCUGCAGAAGCAGUUGAGCGACGCCGUCAGCAUCAUUGGAAAGCAUGAUUUCCCCAAAAAAUGGCCGCAGCUCAUUGAUGAGAUGGUGGAGCGCUUCGCUUCCGGCGAUUUCAAUGUCAUCAAUGGUGUUUUGCAAACAGCCCAUUCGCUUUUCAAGCGCUACCGCUACGAGUUCAAGUCCCAGGACCUCUGGGAGGAGAUUAAGUUCGUGCUCGAUCGCAUGGCUAAGCCUUUGACGGAUUUACUUCAAGCCACAAUGCAGUUGACAAAGGUGCACGAAAAUAAUCCCGAGGCACUCAAAGUAAUCUACGGGUCGCUGGUGUUGGUGAACAAAGUAUUCUUCUCGCUGAACUCACAGGAUUUGCCCGAGUUCUUUGAGGACAACAUGAACACCUGGAUGGGUGCAUUCCUUCAGCAGCUGGCUGUCGAUGUGCAGGCAUUGCGUACAGAUGACGACGAAGAUGCAGGCGUACUGGAACAUCUGCGCACCCAGGUAUGCGAGAAUAUCUGUCUGUAUGCCAGGAAAUACGAUGAGGAGUUCAAGCCCUUCAUGGAACAGUUUGUGACAGCAGUCUGGGAGUUGCUGGUCAAGACCAGUCUGCAAACCAAAUACGAUGCGUUGGUGUCUCAUGCUCUGCAAUUCCUUUCCGUGGUUGCUGAGCGUCCGCACUACAAGAACAUUUUCGAAAACCCCGAAAUUCUGGCAAGGAUCUGCGACAAAGUCGUCAUUCCCAAUCUGGAUAUCCGCCCUUCGGACGAAGAAAUCUUUGAAGACAGUCCCGAGGAGUACAUUCGUCGGGAUAUUGAGGGUUCCGAUAUCGAUACUCGACGUCGCGCUGCCUGUGAUCUGGUGAAGACCUUGUCGGUUAAUUUUGAGCAGAAGAUAUUCGGUAUCUUUGGGCAAUAUUUGGAGAUCCUACUGGCCAAGUACAAGGAGAAUCCGGCCGCCAAUUGGCGGUCAAAGGAUACUGCCAUCUACUUGGUCACAUCGUGGGCUUCUCGGGGUGGUACGCAAAAGCAUGGCAUUACCCAGACCUCGGCGUUGGUUCCCUUGCCGGAAUUUUGUGCCCAGCAGAUCAUUCCGGAGCUGGAGAGGCCCAAUGUCAACGAGAUACCCGUUUUGAAGGCGGCUGCCAUCAAGUACGUGAUGGUGUUCCGCAACGUUUUGGGCCCCCAGAUCCUGGCCACCUGCAUGCCCCAUCUCAUUCGCCAUUUGCCCGCCGAGAGCAUAGUGGUGCACAGCUAUGCCGCCUGCUCUGUGGAGAAGAUACUCACUAUGCGCGAUGCCAGCAAUGCAACUGUAUUCGGUCCCCAGGUGUUGGCCCCUCAUGCCAACCAACUGGUUAGUGGGCUGUUUGCAACGCUUGCCUUGCCAGGAUCCGCCGAGAAUGAGUAUGUAAUGAAAGCCAUCAUGCGCAGUUUCCACGUCUUGCAAUCAGCUUCUAUGCCCUUUAUGGGACUGGCUCUGCCACGUCUCACGGAAAUCCUUACUCUUGUUUCCAAGAAUCCAUCACGUCCUCACUUCAAUCACUAUCUCUUCGAAACCCUGGCACUGUCCAUCAAAAUUGUUUGCCAAGCUGAUGCCUCUGCUGUGAGCUCUUUCGAAGAGGUCUUGUUCCCUGUUUUCCAGGGCAUCCUGCAGCAGGAUAUCAUCGAAUUUAUGCCCUAUGUAUUCCAAAUGCUCUCUGUCCUGUUGGAAGUACGCGAAGGUACUGGACCCAUACCGGAGCCUUAUUGGGCUCUGUUCCCGUGCCUACUGGCUCCCGCUCUUUGGGAUCGCUCCGGCAAUGUAAAGCCACUCAUUCGCCUCAUUUGUGCUUUUAUUAAGCAGGGUUCAGCUCAGAUCUUGGCUCUGGGUAAAAUUAAUGGAGUCUUCGGCGUGUUCCAGAAAAUGAUUGCUUCAAAAGCCAAUGAUCACGAGGGAUUCUAUCUGAUGCAGACCAUGCUAUCCUACUAUUCCCCUACCGAACUGGAGGGCUGUAUGCGUCAGGUCUUCCAGCUGAUCUUCCAGCGCCUGUCGCUCUCGAAAACGGCCAAGUACAUCACUGGCAUCAUCGUCUUCUUUAGCUUCUAUGUGAUCAAGUUCAGCGGCGGGCAGUUGGUUCAGCUGGUCGAUGAGCUGCAGUCCGGCAUGUUUGGCAUGCUAUUGGAGCGUAUUUUCAUUACCGAAAUGUCCAAGGUCAUCAAGGAGCUGGACCGCAAGGUGGUGGCUGUGGGUGUCACUAAACUGCUUACGGAAACCCCGGAGAUGUUCCAGCCGCAGUAUGCUGCCUACUGGCCCCGCCUGCUUCAAGCCCUCAUCGAUCUGUUCGAGCGACCGCCCGAGAAGUUGGCUGGCAUCGAGGUGGGCGAAACUGCUGAGGACGGUGAUGGAGGAUAUCAGGUGGCGUUCGCCCAGCUGACACAUGCACAGCCCAAGGUACAGGAUCCCCUGGCCGAUAUCCCCGAUGCCAGGCAAUACUUGGCCAGUGCAAUCUCCAAGUUCUCCCAGGCACGCGUCGGAGAACUGCCCACUUUGAUAGCGCCCCUCGAGCAGGAGUAUAAGCAGAUGCUCCAGAAAUAUUGUGAUCAAGCCGGCGUACCCGUUGCCUAACGACAUUAAAUGAAAUCUUAAGAAGGCAUUCAAUCAAUCACACCUCGCCAUACCUUCGUAAUGCUUGCAAACCUUAAUCGUUCGUUAGUUCGGUUCAUCGUCAUUUAAAAAUUGUUUUAUAUGUAAGAGUAAUAUUGUACACAAAUAAAUAGUUAUGUUUCGCAUUCAGAUUUUAAAGACAUUA